GAAACAACAAAGUUCAAAGGCUCAACAUCUAGAAUUGAUACUUUUGGCAGUGUCGACUGUUCAUCAAGAAUUCUUUAGCCAAGAUUCACAAUGAGAUCAUCUAACAUCAAAGCCAUUUAUCAGGCAUUGGCCAACAGCGAAGAUGAGGAUUCUUCUUCAAUUUCACCCGGUAAAAACCGACUCGCUAUGGACAAGCAUCUCUUGUGCCUGAUGGUUAUCAUUUUAUUUACCUGCGUGGGCUAUUUUCUUGGACAAGCCACUCUCAGCCGUGGAUGCAAUGAGACGUAUUCUGGUCCGACGAUUCCGCUCGCCAUUCAAAGAAAGGUUUUUCAAUACAACCGGACCUUCGGCGCUGAUCCUGGGAUUGAUAGCAAUACACAAGCGGCAUGGGACUCGCUUGUUCCGCUCGGUCAAGGGACUGUACGUUACCCUGCUGGCAGCAAACAACUCUACACAUUGUCUGUAGUGCACCAACUGCAUUGCCUGUGGUCUAUCCAUCAGAACUACUAUAGAUCCACGCAUAUGCAUAUGGACCCUGAAAGGCUAGACGACGAUGACGACGACGACGACUACGCCGAACACACAAUGAGUCACAUGCGUCACUGUUUUGACUACCUGCGGCAGAGCCUGAUGUGUGCAGCCGACUCCUCUUUAGAGCCUGUUGACAGCAUGCUAGGCGGAGUUACUGGUUGGGGAAAUGAACGAUUUUGUCGUGAUUAUGCUGCAUUAGUAACAUGGGCCGAAAAUCGCAGGGUGAGCAAUAUAGGGGGGUUCUCUUGAUUUAGUUAGAAAAGCCACUAUGUAAUGACAUUUACUUCUGGCCCGCAGCAA